UUUACUUUCGUGCGUUAUACGAAGUCUCCUUCGUUAGUUGCCUCGUCUGUUAUUACUACAUAAGAAAUUAUAUGUAAUUGAUAUCCACGUAGGGUGAUAAAUAUAAUUUCGGAUAUGUCCAUGUCCCACCUUUAUGGGCGGAGGGAGGAAGAGGAGGAAGGUGUAGAGGUUGAAAGCUUCGAGGUGACAGACUGGGAUCUGGCCAAUGAGUUCAACCCAGACCGUCGCAGGUUUAGACCGACCAAAAUGCAAGCCAUAUAUGGCAUCUGGGCUGACAGGGAUUCAGAUGAAGAAGAGAGGCCAAGUUUUGGUGGCAAGAGAUCUAAGGACUACACCGUUCCAGUGAGUUUUGUAAGUGCUGGUCUGCGUAAGACUGCAGCAGAAGAGACACAGCAGCAAAAAGACGGAGGCUCUGAUGACUCUGAUGAUGAUGCUCCUGCCGCUGCCGCACCUCCCCCUUCUCGUGGAGGAGCACCCAAAAAACUUCAGAUGGGCAAUUUCCGUGGGAUUCAGUCACAGAGGUUUGCAGGUGGCAUACAGUCUGGACAAGGUAUUGGUAGCUGGGAGAAGCACACAAGGGGUAUUGGACAGAAACUUCUACAGAAAAUGGGCUACCAGCCAGGAAGAGGUUUGGGCAAGAAUGCUCAAGGUAUUGUAAAUCCGAUUGAGGCAAAGGUUCGUAAGGGAAAAGGAGCAGUUGGUGCUUAUGGCAAUGAGCGAACGCAGCAAAGCCUUCAGGACUUUCCUGUGGUUGACUCAGAGGAAGAAGAAGAAAAGGAGUUUCAGAAGGAACUUGGCCAGUGGCGCAUAGAUCCUGCGGGACCUGGAGGGAAAAAGAAACCAAAGUACUCCUACAAAACUGCAGAUGAGCUGAAGGCAAAAGGCAAAAUAGUUGGUAGAAGUACAGCAGCAUCCGCUGGAGAGCUGGCACAGGUCAAGGUAAUAGAUAUGACUGGAAGAGAACAAAAGGUGUAUUACAGUUACAGUCAGAUGUCCAACAAACACAGUGUUCCUGAUGAAGCUCCACCCAGCAUGUCCUCUCGGGAUCAAAAGGGAUCUGGCUUUGCUCUCCCUGAGCUUGAGCAUAACCUGCAGCUGCUGAUAGACCUCACAGAACAGGACAUUUUACAGUCUGCCAGACGUCUGCAACAUGAAAAAGAUGUAGUUGUGUCUCUGACCCAUGAGUCACGAGCACUGCAGAGCAGACUGGAUGCAGAGCAAGAUUCUAUCCAGAGAAUGGAGGCCGUACUGGCAUUGGUCGAUCGUUUUCCUUCUGGAGAGACAGCACCAGGGGAAGGACCCACCCUGCAGGAGUGUGCCAGGAUCUUUGAGACCUUACAAACGGAUUAUUAUGAAGAAUACAAAACAAUGGGAUUGGCAGACCUGGCUGUAGCCGUUGUGCAUCCAUUGCUUAAAGAGAAACUUUGCUCAUGGGACCCGUUGAAGGACAGCACCUUUUGUCUGGAAGACAUUGGUCAAUGGAGAGCAAUCCUCGAAUCUAGAGACAUGCACCCCAGUGGUCCAGAUUCAAAUAUGGAUCCUUACCACAGACUGUUAUGGGAGGUGUGGGUCCCAGUGAUGCGGUCUACUGUGUCAAGCUGGCAGCCUCGUGUGGUGGGGCCAAUGGUGGACUGUGUGGAAAUAUGGGCUCCUCUUCUGCCUGUGUGGAUCCUUGAUAACUUAUUGGAACAGUUGAUCUUACCCCGACUACAGCGAGAGGUGGAUAGCUGGAAUCCUUUAACCGACACCGUGCCCAUUCACUCUUGGAUCCACCCAUGGCUGCCUCUGCUCCAGUCGCGUCUAGAGCCUCUUUACCCACCAAUUAGGAGCAAACUAUCGAAUGCUUUACAGCGGUGGCAUCCAAGUGAUGCCUCAGCUCGCCUCAUCCUACAGCCAUGGAAAAAUGUCUUCACAGUAGGUGCAUGGGAGGCCUUCAUGGUGAAAAACAUCAUUCCUAAACUAGCUUUAUGUCUGGAAGAGCUGGUUAUCAACCCUCACCAGCAGCAGAUGGAGCCAUUUCACUGGGUGUUGGACUGGGAGGGCAUGCUAUCCCCCUCUAGUAUUGUGUCUCUUCUUGACAAAAACUUUUUUCCAAAGUGGUUGCAGGUUCUGUGUUCAUGGUUGAGCAACAGUCCUAAUUAUGAGGAAAUCACUAAAUGGUACCUCGGCUGGAAAAGCAUGUUUAGUGAGGUCUUGUUGGCACAACCCCUCGUUAAAGAGAAAUUCAAUGAAGCUUUGGACAUCAUGAACCGUGCAGUGUCUUCAGGCAUGGGUGGAUAUAUGCAACCUGGUGCAAGAGAGAAUAUUGCAUAUCUCACACAGACGGAGAGAAGGAAGGACUUCCAAUAUGAGGCCUUGCAGGAGCGGAGGGAUGCUGAGAGUGUUGCUCACAGGGGCGUCAGCACCAGUGUGCCAACUAACUUUAAAGAUCUUAUCCAGACAAAAGCAGAGGAGAACAACAUUGUGUUCAUGCCAUUGGUGGCCAAGCGACAUGAGGGAAAGCAGCUGUACACAUUUGGGCGUAUUGUUAUAUACAUAGACAGGGGGGUUGUGUUUGUGCAAGGAGAGAAAACCUGGGUGCCCACAUCUCUGCAGAGUCUGAUAGAUAUGGCAAAGUGAGCUUGGACAGACUUCCUUUUUUCGGGUAAUGGGAGAGGGUUCUGUCACGUGUACAAAGAUUAAAAGAUGUAAACAAACUAUUUUGUUUCUAUGAUACUUUAACCAAUUGAUUUUUUUUUGUCAUAUGUCUCGUUUUUAAAUAUUCAAACUGUGAAUAAAAAAUUUAGAUUUUG